ACGAUUGACAAACUAUCAGUGGGAAUAUACCAAUGCAUAGCAAGCAAUGAGUAUGGCAGUCGACAAACUACCAUUUAUGUUUCUCUACCAGGUAUGUAGGUUUAGCAUCGUUUGCAGUACAAUGAAUAAUUACUCCAUAAUUUCUUAUGUAGAUAUUGCACCUACUGUAUCAUCUUUUUCUUCAUCUCCUCUUUCAUUUUCAUCAUCCGUCUCGUCCACUUCACCAUUACUUGCUACAACCUCUACUAGUCAUGUGACAACAAGUCAAGGAGCCUUACAGGAAACCACUCUUCCUACAGCCUCUACUAGUCAUGCAAGUACAAGUCAAGGAUCAGCCUCUACUAGGCAUGCAAGUACAAGUCAAGGAUCAGCCUCACAAGAAACCACUCUUCCUACAGCCUCUACUAGUCAUGCGAGUACAAGUCAAGGACCCUCACAUGAAACCAGUACCAAUGCAACUCCUCCUAUAUCUACAUCUGUUACUAGUCAAACAGACAGCACCAGUUCAAUAUUUGUUGCUGCUACAAAGAGCACAAGCAAUCUAUUGUGCAAUUGUGAGUCAUCGAACGGAUGGAAAAUAGCAGCUGCACUGGGUUGGACAUUCUCUGCAAUACUGCUAUGUGUUUGCAUUACCCAUAUGUGGUUUCAUUAUGGCAAGAACAAACAUAAGGCCACCAUCCCACAGCUCAAUCGUACAUCCAGAGAGAAUGAUGAAACUGUGGUGACCCGCAACCCAGCCUACAGUGCUGUAGCAAUGUGGCAAGACAGAUCGAUGGAAACAACUGCACAUUAUGAAGAUGUUAAUUGAGCCAUGCAAAAAAAUUUUAUUUGCAUGAAAUUGCACAAACAAGGUAAAUGCAAACAGUGUUGUGCAUGACUCAACAAUAAAGUUAGAUCUACACAAGAGGAUACAAAUAGAUGAUAUAGUAUUAAUUAAACUCUCGCAUUUGCUUUUACUAAGUAAAGGCUGGCUUAGCUGGCAUGUACAGUUCUUCACCAAAUAUUUCAUUAUUCACA